AUGAAAAGCCCUUGUCGCCAUCGUUGGUGCCCCUGUCUCGGCGUGAAACUUGCUCAAAUGGUUGUUGAAACGAACUCACUAUCCGAGACUGCGCCCCAAUUGUUUGGUCUACCAGCUUCAAUCCAGCAUCCCAUGCAACUCCUAAUCAUAUUUGUCAGCGCUGAUACAUGCGACUCCGGUCUUCGUCAACUUCUGAGUUCUCCGCGUGGUCCGAGGCCACAGAAAUUGGCGAUCGCGACAGGGCAUGAUAAUAGCCUUCUCGUGUCUCAUCACCUGGAUCAGACAGCCACGACAAUGACCAUUCCAUUCGUGCGUGAAGUGAAUGCCAAGUGA